GUGCGGCUGUAGCCGCCUACAGCAGAUUAACCUCGAGAGCAAGGAUGCGGUCGGUUGGUUGUCCCUGGACUUCCUGAGCGCGGCGGUUCCUUCGACCUUCCAAGGAUGCGGCUUUGGUCUUUGCUCUGGCUGCUGGGCUGCAGAGCGGCUGCUUGGCAGAGCGACGAUUACUGGCUGGAUGAUGCCGUCGGGAUGGGGCGGCAGUUCGAUGGCAUCGGAGCCGUUAGCGGCGGCGGGGCUACCUCACGCCUUUUAGCGAAUUACCCAGAGCCUUAUCGAUCUCAGAUUUUAGAUUAUCUUUUUAAGCCAAAUUUUGGUGCCUCCUUACAGAUCCUCAAAGUAGAGAUUGGUGGAGAUGCACAGUCUACAGAUGGCACGGAACCCUCCCACAUGCAUUAUGAAAAUGAUGAAAAUUAUUUACGUGGCUAUGAAUGGUGGCUGAUGAAAGAAGCUAAAAAGAGAAAUCCUUUCAUUAAAUUGAUUGGCUUGCCCUGGGCUUUUCCAGGAUGGAUUGGGAGGGGUGAGAAUUGGCCUUAUAAUUACCCAGAUGUUACAGCAUAUUAUAUUAUCUCCUGGAUUAUAGGUGCUAAAAAAUAUCAUGAUUUGGACAUUGACUACAUUGGGAUUUGGAAUGAACGAGCUUUUAACAGCAAAUAUAUCAAGAUUUUAAGGUACGCUUUGGAUAAGCAAGACCUUCAGCGAGUGCAGAUCAUAGCCAGCGAUGACCUCUGGGAACCAAUAACCUUUUUCAUGCUCACUGACUCUGAGCUCCACGAAGCAGUCAGUAUUAUUGGGGCUCACUACCCAGGGACAACAACAGUGAAAAGUGCUCAAUUAACCCAAAAGAAACUCUGGUCUUCUGAAGAUUACAGUACUUUCAACAAUGAAGAGGGUACUGGUUGCUGGGCUCGAAUCCUGAAUCAAAAUUAUGUAAAUGGGAACAUGACUGCCACUCUUGCUUGGAAUUUGGUAGCUAGUUACUAUGAAGGAUUACCCUUUGGAAGGUGUGGUUUAAUGACAGCACAAGAACCAUGGAGUGGACAUUACACUGCGAAUUCUCCUAUAUGGGCCACAGCACAUACAACACAAUUCACCCAACCAGGCUGGUAUUACCUGAAAGUAGAUGGGCAUUUGGAAAAGGGUGGAAGCUUCGUGGCUCUAACUGAUGGGCUAGGCAAUCUGACCAUCGUCAUUGAAACUAUGACUCACAACCACUCACGAUGCAUCAGGCCACCACUUCCUCCCUAUGUUGUGUCACCCCAAAAGGCAGUUUUCCACUUGAAUGGAUCCUUUGUAAGUAAUUGAACUGUACCUCAAUCACUCUGUCAGGUGCCUCAGAGAAUAGAUGAUCAAAACAAGACCAGGCAAUAGCUUGUUUUGUUUAUCUAUAGCAAUUAGAAUGAUUGGCAUUUUUAAAGUGACUAUGUAGUUGAAUGUUACAUAUAACUAAUUGAGGGACAAAUUCCAUUCCUAUGAACCCUAUCUUAUUGUCUGUUGUCAGAAGUUGUCCAUGAACAAAUAAAAGUGGUGCAGUUCAGAUUCAUGGUACUGCAGUGUUUUUGCCUGCCUGUAGUCUAAUUAUAGUACUAAUUUCUGCUAUGUAACUCAGAUUUCCAAGAAAGACUUAAUUUGAACAGGGAAAUUCUGGAUGUUUGUUCCUUCCAUUAAAAAAUAAUAAUUAGCUUAUUAAUGGGUUUUAACAUAUUUAAGUGGAACCAUCAGCAUCAGAAUUGAUGAUAAAUGAACCAUAUUUUAAUUUAUUUUGAAGUAAAUUAUAAUUGUUUUUAUUGUUCUGAUUUUAAAUAGCAUUAUGAGCUCUAUUUAUAAAUCUCAGUCAUGCAUUGGAAUGGAAACAAUAUUGAAUAAAUAUUGUGGGUUCAGCUUGAGUAUUAUUUAUCUUGACAAUUAUAGUAGUUGUAAUUAUAGUGUAAGUUUUUCUUUUAUUUUAAAAUGGGUAGCAAUACAUUUUGUUAGAAGUCACGGGCUCAUACUCUUAAUCAAUUGUUAGGUAAUAAUACUUUUAGAAUUUCUGAGAUUUUGAAAAGGUUUUUAAAUAGAAAUAAAUACUGUUAAAAUUUUUGUUAUCUAUGCAGUUUGCUACUUUUCCCCAGCAUUCAAAGUUUUUUUUAAAAAAUUGUUUACUUUUUAAAAAAUAAAUAAAUUUUGGGUCUAUUAAUAUGCUGCAUUAGUAAUAAAUUUCAAGGAAUGUUGGUAAAUAUGUAAUUCCUUAUUGGUCAAAUAUUAUAGCCAUGGUGAAUGAGAUCUUUUUAAAGGCAAUUAAUUUAACAAUACAUUGAUAUCCUUAAUCCUUAUCUUUCAAAAAUGUGGAAAUGUUCAAUCCUGGAAGAACUUUGGAUAUAUUGUGCUUGGAUUGUGUCAAAAUAGAUAAUCAUCUACACAUGGAAGAAUAGUUCAGUUCUAAACUAUGAAUGUUGAGUCUAUGAAAUAUGUCAACUUUCAAGACUUUGAAGCAGCUUUCUGUCAAGAGAGAGGCAAGACUAGAGAAGUAAUUUCAUAUGAAGUAGAUUAAAUUCAUUAUAAAUGAACAUGAAUAUUAUAAUGAAUAUUAU